AUGCGGGCCUGGGCCUUGGGCGAGGCCUUGUGGAAUUCCGCGGAGGAAGGAGCAGCUGUAACCGCCACGCCGGCAGGCGGAAGCGGAGAGCCGCGGGGGAACGAAGCGCGAGCGACAGGGCGCGCGGCAGCGUACGCGGAGUGGCUUCAGGCGGGCAAGCUGAGCCCUGGCAGCGCGGGCGCCUUCCGCUGCCUGGGGUAUUUCUUUGCGGGAUUCCAGGGGAUCAUCCCGCGCACAGGCACGCGCGGAGCGCAACAGGGGGACGGGCGACACGCGGAGGCGUGGUGGGUGGCGGGGGAGCGGAAUAGGGCGCGGAAAGGGGGAGUUGGGGGGGAGUUGGUGCGGGAUGUGGGGCGAGCGGUGAAGUGUUUCCAGAAGGCCGUGAGCGUGAAUCCCGAGGACCAAGAUGCUGGGGAGGCGGCCUUUCACCUGCUGGCAGGGGGGCGGGGGGCGGUGAGGCAGCGGUCGCUGCAGGUGGCGCUGUGCCGGGGGGCAGUGGAGGGCAGCGCGCGGGCGUUCUGGGCGUGGCGGCUGCUGGGGCUGUUGCACGCGGAGGAGGCUGCGUGGCAGUCUGCCGUGCCAUGCCUGCAGUCCGCCAUCAAGGGCUUCGUGCGAGAUGCUGCCUGCUGGCGGGCCCUUGCCCUGUGCUACCAGCGACUCGGUCGGCACUCCGCUGGUCUCAAGGCCUAUGGGCGGGUGAUAACCUUGGGACUGCCCCACGUGGCGAGCGCUCUAGAGGCCCUCGUCCCGGCCUCUGUUGCACUCGCCACUGCGCCUCCCGCUGCCGAGUCAUCUGGCGGAGCGAGGAGCAGCGACGUGGCAUGUGCAGUGUUUGCGCUGGAGCAGAGCGGGCACAUUGAAUUGGAGCGCAGCAACUACUCCCAGGCAUUGGAGCUGUUCUCGUACGCGGAGGCGCAGCGGGCAGGCAGUGCCACGGUGCAGUGGGGGCUGGCAGCAGCGCGCUACGGCCUUGCGUGCCACGUGGCCUCCUUUGCCGUGCUUCUUGCCACACCUUCCCCUGCCAACGCCCCCUCCACCACCGCGCCUGCAUCCCCCGCCCCCUCCUCCCUCCUCACAUGGCGCCGCCACCGCUUCCGCCUGGCGUCCUCCGCCCUGCGCUCCUAUGCCCACGCGCUGCACCUCUCCCCCUCGCCCUCCGCGCCCCCUCCCCUUGACUCCCCCCACCUCUCUUCUUUCCUCAGCUUGGGCGUACCUGAACCAGGGGGAAUGGGCGGGGGGGAAGUGAAGGGCGCAGGGGGGCAGGGAGGGGGGAGGCUGUGGGCGGAUUUGGCACUGGCAGCGGCGGCCAAGGGGAGGGCGUGGGCGGAGCUGGUGGAAGCGGGGGGCGGGGGAGAGGAGGAGGAGGUGGAGUGUGGGAAUGCGGGUGGUGAUGGGCAGGCCAAGGCAGAGCCGCCAUGCGCCCAACAUGUGCUCGGACAGCUGUCAGCUCGCUGCGGCAGGCUGGGCCAGGCAGAGGUGUUCUGCGCGCUGUCCCACCUGGCUGCCAGCACCCCGGCAUCUUCCGAGGCUCUCUUCCUGCUGGGCCUCUCCGCCUCUGCGCGCUGCCUACCCUUGGUCGCCCUGCACGCCUUCCACUCCGCCAAGGACCUACUGCUGCACCAGGAAGCACCCGCGGAGCGAGUGUGGCAGGCGUGUGUGCAAGUGGCCAUGGCCCUCACCGCGGCACGGCGGUUCAGUGAGGCAGUGGUGGAGUUUAACUCUGCACACUCUCUUCGAGACCGUUCCAAGUGGCCACUGCGCCCACUGCUCGCGCUCUCCCUCGCCCUGCACCACUGCUCACUCCAUGACGAUGCCCUCGCUGUUGUCGCCCUCGCCACCACCCAAGCCACACACCUUGCACGGACCCCAUCCCCAUCUCCAUCCUCCUCCUCCUCCUCCUCCUCCUCGCCCUCCUCUCACUCGCUCCUGUCAGCAGCAGCAGUGAAGCUCCAUGCUGCUCUCCUUGCCUCUCCCCCUGCUCUCCCAUCCUCCCCAACACCGCCUGCAUCACUCGCCCCCCCUCUCUUCCUCUCGCCCUCUCUUGCGCGUGACCUGGCGCUGACUCGCGUUGAUGUGUCGCUGACGGCGCUGGCAGCAGCAGCAGCAUCACUGGACGAGGGGGAGAUAGGCCGUGCGGUGCAGCAGUACCGGCCCGUCUUCAGCGACCCUCUAAUGGCCCCCAGAGCACAUGCCUUGCUCGGGGUCGCUCUCGCUGCCAAGGGUCAACUGCCGCGUGCCCUCAAGUAUCUCAUCCGCUCACUGCAUCACUUCCCCGAUAGCCUCCUGCUCAGUGCAGGGGGGACAGUGGAGGAGAGUGUGGUGCGCGUGCAGGCCAGCACGCGGCUGGCGUGCAGUGCGUGUGCGCAAGGCACGGCGCAUGGUGCAGGGGCCUGCUUACACUCCCAGGCUCCGCUGGCCACGCCUGCUGCUGUGCCUGGAAGCAGCAGUAGCAGCAGCGGCGGUGGCAGUUUCAGUGGUUGCGGUGGGGUUGAGGGUGGUGGUGCGAGGGAGAGCCACCUAUCAGGGCGGAAUCAGCUGCGGCUGCUGGCCAGGGCUAUUCACACUCGCCCCAACGAUCCCACACUCCGCCUCCUUCUCCUCCGCCUCUCCCUCUCGCCUUCCUCCCACGUGUCACCCUUCGGUGCUCCCUUGCCCCCUCCCUCUUCGUUCUCCACGUCCCUCCUCCGCUUCUCCCACUCCCUCCUCUCCCUCAUUCACACCACCUUCGCCUCCCCACCACCGUCACCUUCCCCUCCUUCUGCUCCAUCUCCCUCUCUUUCGCUCCUCCACCUUUCUUCCGCCAAGGCGCCAGCUGGCACACCGCCAUUGGUGCGCGAGCUCUGGGUGCACUCUCUCUUGUCUGCAUCUGAGUGUGCUGCACGCUGCUGUUCCUCUCCAACCUCAACCCUUGACCGCUCACAGCCCCCACUCUCACUCGCCUCCCUCUCGCUCUCCCUCGCCUCCCACGCCCAGUCAGAGUGCCUCCUCCUCCCCGAUUCACCCCAAUCAGCCAAUCAGAAAGCAGCGCUGCGUGCCAGUGCUGAAUGCCAGGUGGCGCGGUGCCAUUCGCUGCAGCAGUCUGCAACAGAAUCAUGUACCCAGCCUCCAGUCACCCCCAGCUUCCCUGCUUCUCUGCUCCCAUCGCUCGCCUCUGCCUCAUCUCUCUUCUCCUCUGGUUUCUCCCAAGAGGCUGAAGCAGUGGUGGCAGCACUGCAAGCCCAAGGGCUGCAGGGGCAAGGCGAAAACAGGUUGCUGCUAAUGUCAGCGGUGCAGAUGUGGCAGGCUGUGAUUGGUGCAGAGAAGGGCGAGUUGAGCAAGGCGAGGAGUGUGUUGGAGGGGGUGGUGGGGUCGCUCAAGGAGGCAGCAGGGGCGGGUGGAAUGGCAGGGGCAGCAGUGCAGCCUAUGCUCGACGUCGCACACAUGCUUCUAGGAUCGGUCCUCCUCUCCCUCCACCGAGUCAACUCCUCCGACUCCUCUCUCCCUCUCGCCGCACGUCGCUCCCUCCUCUCCGUCUCCUCACCCCCCUCCUCUCUCUUCCCCCACCUUCACCUCUUGCUCUCCUCUGCUGACUCCCUUGCUGCCUCUCGCUCUGCCGCCCCUCGCAAGCGUGCCGCCCACCUGCAGCAAGAGUGGGCGGCAUGGCCUGCUGACUGCCGCCCAGCCCGCGUGCUAGCUGCAGUAGGAGAAGCACUUGCAGGGCUGGACGCAGGGGCAGGUGCGCCUGAGAAAGGUACAUCUGAGAAAGGCAGCGGUGCAUGUGGAUCCGUCGUGUGGGCGGCACUGGGAGGUGCUGCGUCGCUUGGGGAGUCAGGGCUGCGCUGGCGAUGCCGUGCGCAGCUGAGCCUGUGCCGUGGUGCAGUGCCGUGGAGAACUGUGGAUGGAACAUGUGACAUGGUCCAGUGCAGUGCAAUUUGUGGUGCAUGA